AUGAAGGUCUUCUCACGGGCCGGCGUCUUGGCGGCUGUGGUUGCAAUCAGCACCACGAUAUUCGCCCCGACGGCGAAUGCCCUCUCUCCACGCCAGGCCGGUGCUCGCCCGAUGGAGAAACUCGGACGGGGCGUCGUGGCCGUACGCGCAAACUCAAGCAGCGUCCUCGUCGACUGGAGGCUGCUGGGGCUCGACCCUACCAACAUCGGCUUCAACGUCUACCGAGCCACCGGCGGCGGCAAUCCCACCCGUCUCAACUCCGGGGUUCUCAAUGGGGGAACCAACUUUGUCGAUACCACCGUUGACGUAAGCAAGGCAAACACCUACCACGUGCGGCCGGUUGUGAACGGCCAGGAGCAGGCGGCCAGCGGAUCAUUCACCCUCCGGGCCAAUAACCCGGUCGAGCCGGUGGUCCGGGUCCCAAUCCGCUCCGGAGGUCCCAUCAAAUUCGUGUGGGUUGGCGACCUUACUGGUGACGGUGAGUACGACUUUGUGCUGGACCGGCAGACCUCGCCGCAGACUCUUGAGGCCUACCGCGGCGACGGGACCUUUCUCUGGGAGGUCAACUUGGGACCAAACAGCGUGAACCAGAACAAUAUCGAACCGGGGUCGUCAACCGUCAACGUCGGCCACUGGGACGGUGUCACAGUCUACGACUUUGACAGCGACGGGAGGGCUGAGGUAGCGGUGCGAAUCUCCAACGGAGUCAGGUUCGGGGACGGCACAACGUUCAGUAGAUCCAACAACGACCACCAGUUCAUCGCCAUCCUGGACGGCCGCACGGGGGCCUUACGCGCAAGUGCCCAGGUUCCAACGGAUUACUUGUCUGAUGGUCCACUGGCGGCCCGGUUCGGCGUCGGUUACCUGGACGGCGUGACGCCGCACCUGGUGGCAUACAUGAAGAAUCGCAAGGACGACGGGCCGUUCAACCUCAUGAUGACGGCCUGGACCUUUGACGGCAGUUCCCUGACAAGGAAGUGGAAGUGGCUGCGGGGCAAUCAGGAUGCGCCAGACGGUCACAACACCCGGAUCAUCGACGUUGAUGGCGACGGCCGGGACGAGGUCCACGAGAUUGGCUUCACGCUAAACGGCGACGGCAGCGUGCGCUAUCUGAUGGGACCCAAGGGCAUCAACCACGGCGACCGGUUCCACAUCGCCAAGAUGGACCCCAGCCGGCCGGGUCUACAAGGCUACAGCGUGCAGCAGGACAACCCAAGCCGUUUGCUAGAGUACUACUAUGACGCAAGGGAUGGCAAGAUUCUCUGGGAGCACUUUGGCACCGAGGUGAAGGACGUCGGCCGCGGCAUGGCGGGAGACAUUGACCCCCGACACCCCGGCAUGGAAGUUUGGUCCUUCUCGGGCGUGUACAGCGCUGCAAGCGGUGAGCUCGCUGAGCCAGACACUGGCCUGCACCCGUGGCCUCAUCUUGGCCUGUGGUGGGAUGGCGAUAACCUCAUGGAGCUGUAUAACGACGGCAAGAUCGAGAAGUGGGAUUGGAACAACCCUCAGUCGACAAACCGUCUGCCUCGACUGCUCACCAUCGGCAGCUAUGGCGGAAUCAACACACACGGGCCAAACCCUGCAUUUGUGGGGGAUAUUCUGGGCGACUGGCGAGAGGAGGUCAUUGUUACCAACUCGAACUACAACGAGCUGAUCAUCUUUACGACGGACCGGCCGACCGAUAUUCGGCUUUACACGUUGCCGCAUAACCCAGCGUAUCGCAAUUCCAUGACGCUCAAGGGCUAUGUGCAAUCGCACCAUGUGGAUUACUUUCUGGGUGCUGGCAUGAGUACUCCGCCGAGGCCCAACAUCCGCUAUGUAGGGGCGUAG